AAUAAUAAUUCGUCAAGAAAAUUUUCGAUUUUUGCGGUAGAAAAGCUCUUUUGGUUGUUGUUGUUGAAAAAAUGGCUGGUCGUGGAAAAACUCUUGGAUCCGGUGCGGCGAAGAAAGCCACAUCUCGGAGUAGCAAGGCUGGUCUUCAAUUUCCGGUGGGUCGUAUCGCUCGAUUCUUGAAAGCCGGUAAAUACGCCGAACGUGUUGGUGCUGGUGCUCCGGUCUAUCUCGCCGCCGUUCUUGAGUAUUUGGCCGCCGAGGUUCUUGAAUUAGCUGGAAACGCAGCAAGAGAUAACAAGAAGACCCGUAUUGUUCCUCGUCACAUUCAGCUCGCUGUUAGAAACGAUGAGGAGCUAAGCAAGCUUCUUGGAGAUGUGACUAUUGCCAAUGGAGGAGUGAUGCCUAACAUCCACAAUCUCCUUCUCCCUAAGAAGGCUGGUGCUUCAAAGCCUCAGGAAGAUUAGGUCUUUUAACACAAUGAUAUAGAACACGUCUCUCUUCUGGCUUUAGAUCUAAUAACCUAAUAACUAGCUAUAGAUGGUUACUUUUUGUAUCGUUGCUUUUUUAAUUCCUUUAGGGAUUUGUUUCUUCCUGUUUCAGUUUGGACAUGUUGUUUCAGUUUGUGUGAAUAUAUGAAAGUAUUCUGC